AGAAUUGGAACGGAACCAAACAUAGUGUAACAUCAUCGCCUGCCCGUCCCUUCCCCUUCCACCUCACUCUUCGCUUUCUCCAUCUCUCCCUCAGGUACAGCCGCGCGCCUCCCCCCGAUCUUCCCUCUCCUUAACACGCUGUUAAGGUCGUUGCUGCAUCCGCUACUCCUGGUUGCUUCUUCGCUCUUCUCCGCUGCGUUUUCUUCUCCUCAUCGCUGCUUCCGCUGGUCCAGUCCUUCUGCCGUCUGGUGCUGCUCCUCGCCGCUAGUCCUCGUCCUCAAUCACUCCGCCGCUGCACCUCGCCGCGUCCUCCGUCACUGCAGGAAAAUCUCCAUGAAGACUUGCUAAUUAAAAACCAAAAUGUGUAAAAUACAACUAUUUCAUCCAUCCAUUUAUAUGUUUAAUCCUAACCGUCUGAUCAAAAUCCAUAAAAUCCCUCAACCUGUUCUCCCCGUAUUCCUGAAACCAUCAACCACUGCAACAAUCACAACGUCCAGUAUUGCUACUCGAUUUUCGGGCUCCGGCGAGUUGAACUAGCACCAUCAAUCACCUCAACCAAUUAAAGUAACACUUCUCUACUACGUGGCCUCUAAUUUUUUUUUUCUUCCUUCCUUUGUCUUUGAAGCCUGUUCCUCCAAACCCCUCUCAAAUUUUCCAAUAUUCACUCUUCUAUGGUGGUUCAGGUCCGCUUCUACGUCUCCCUAACUAUGGCAUAGGCCUUCAAAGUUUCAGGUUUUCCCCCAUUUUUCUGAUCUGCUGUGUUCAUUAUAGUUGCCUUCUGCUAUUUAGCUCCUUUGUAUAAACUGAGUGAGCCAGCAACUUGAGCUGCUUCACUCUUUCAAAGGCAAUUCAACUUUAAUGUGUGUAUAUAAUGCUAUCAAUUUGUUGUGCAAAAGAAAUUUCUUCAUGGGUGCAACUGGAUUUUACAAGGUAGCAAGGAGGAACAAAUCAAUCUUGAGCAGCAAAUCUUACUAUUGGACCAUAAGAAGGCUUUUUGGUGAAGGGAAAUUUCAGGAAAGUCAGCCCUUUUUGUGUAGCUUUAUAAAAGAAGAUGGCCUUUUUGAACCUAAAGUCAGUAGGAUACUACUGCAUUACCUGUGUUUGAAGGAUGUUAAUAGUGCUCUUUAUUUUCUCAACAAGAUUAAGGAGAAUGAUGUAGCUAUCACUCUUCCAAUCAGCGCUUUAAGAGCACUUACAAAAAUUGGAUGUGUUUUAACUGCAUACAGACUUGUUGUUGGUGCUAAAGAUGAUCUACCUGUUAUGGAUGUGGUUGAUUAUUCUAUCAUGGUUGAUGGACUUUGCAAGAUUGGACAUCCUAUUAAGGCAUUAAAGCUUUGUACUUUGGCUGAAUUGAAGGGGAUUGUUCUUAAUAUAAUCACUUAUAAUUCUGUUAUAAAUGGGUUGUGCAACCAGGGAUGUUUUGUUGAAGCAUUUCGUCUAUUCGAUUCAUUAGAAAGAAUUGACUUGGCUCCUUCAGAAAUCACUUAUUCAAUACUGAUUGACAAUUUAUGUAAAGAAGGAUGUUUGCAGGAUGCUAAGCAAUUAUUUGAGAGGAUGAUUCUUAGAGGCUAUGAAGCGAAUAUACGUAUCUAUAAUUCAUUUCUUAAUGGUUAUUGCAAUUUUGGUCAGUUUGAAGAGGCCUUGGGGAUUCUGAAAAAUAUUCAAAUAGAACAUCUUGAUCCUGAUGAAUUUACUAUUAGCUCUAUGAUUAAUGGUUAUUGUCAGAAGGGUGACUUAGAGGGCGCUCUAAACUUCUUUAUCGAGUGUAAUCAGAAAGGUACUUCUCCUGAUUUAUUGGGUUUCUUGCAGUUGAUGAGAGGUCUAUGUGCCAAGGGGAGGAUGGAAGAGGCAAGGAGCAUCUUAAGAGAAAUGCUUCAAUCAAAAUCUGUGAUGGAGAUGUUGAACAAAGUCAAUACUGGGGUUGAAACAGAGUCUAUGCAGAGUUUUCUUAUUUUUUUGUGCCAGCAAGGAAGUAUCAAAGAAGCAGUUACUGUACUUAAUGAAGUUGUAUCUAUGUUUUUUCCAGUUCAGAAGUGUGGUCCUUGUGAAUCGCAAAAACUGGAAACACUUCCUGAAUCAGAAGCUUUUAAUAUAUUUGCUUCAAGAACAAUAUCACAAGAGGGAAAUGAGUUUGAUGUUUUAGAUUGUUAUAUAAGGGAAGACGAUAAAAUGGUUGAGAAAAAUGAUGAGUUCGGGAGAUCUGAAAUAGAAUUCUUUGACUCUUACUAUUCCUUAAUCGCUUCACUCUGCUCAAGAGGGAAGAUGUCAGAAGCCAACAGACUAGCAAAGGAGAUACUUUCUUUUGCCUUGUCCUAAUUGGCGCUACUCUCCCUUUAAUGUGGGGCAUGAAUCCAUGCUUUUGCCAUUGAAGUGCAUUUCAACUCAUCAAAGCACUUUGUGGCACUUUUCUUUAUGAGCUUUUAUAAAUGUCACAAAUGAGUUUUGUCAAUGUCCAGUCAAAGAACUCCUUAGAUGCCUAAGGUCCAUUGAUGUCCAGCUGAAAAGGAAUUUCAUAUUGAACAGACUAAGAAUUUGAGAAAUUAAAGGAGCGGGACAGGAGAGUCUACUUUCUACUGGAUGGUAAAAACUAGGAUCACGAAAAGAAGGGGGCAUAAAUAGUGCACAGCUAUUUCCGGCAAAUGAUCAUAUUUGGCUCAGAUUUUCAAUUUUGCAUUUUCUUAUACAGGGACCUCAUGCUAUGUUAAAAAUUAGAGGAACAUAUGAAAAAAAACUGUCAUUUGAUUGGCUAUAUCCCAAGUAAAAGAGGUAGCACGGAAUGAAUUCACACAAAGCGAACAUGCAGAGAGAUUCAAUACUGCCAAUUUUACUCGCUAGUUUCUGAUCCAUUGGCGAGCAGUUCAGAAGUGUGGUCCUUGUGAAGUGCAAGAACCGGAAAUGAGUUUGGUGUUUUAGAUUGUGAUGAAAAAAAGAGGAUAAAAUGGUUGUGAAACAUGAGUUGGGGAGAUCUGAAUGGAAUUCUUUUGACUCUUACUAUUCCUCAAUCGCUUCACUCUUUUCAAGAGGGGAGCUGCCGGAAGCCUGCAGACUAGCAAAGGAGAUUCUUUUGGGUUGUCCUAAAUUGGAGCAUACUUUCCCUUUAAUGUAGGACAUGAGCCCAUGCUUUUGCCAUUGAGGAGCUUUUAUAAACAUCACAUAUGAAGUUUAUCAAUAUUUGGUCAAAGAACUCCUUAGGUUAGCUCAAAAUAGAUGGUGGAUUCCUAAAGUCCAGAGUGGUAUGUUGUAAUAAACACAUCACUGAAUCAAUUGCUUCUUACCUUUUAAUAUUUAUUUCUGUAUAAAAUAUCUAUAAUUUUCAAUGGAUUAACCUUUCUCUUAUAAAUUGAGAAUAGGGCUUGAUUUCA